AUGGCAUGCAAAAUGGACGUGAUGCAGAUGAAAGUAGCUGAAAAGCUGAUUAUUCUGAAUGACCGAGCAGUAGGUAUGCUCACAAGGUUGUACAAUAUUAAGAAAGGCUGUGGUGAUUCCAAGUCAAAACCUCAUUUUUUGAGUGAGAAGUCAUUGGAAAGUUGUAUCAAACAUAUAGUGCGCAAAUUUCCUGUCGUUGAUGCUAGAUCAAAUAACGCAUUAUUUUAUCACGUGAGUUUAAUGAAGCAAGAAAUAUUAAAAUCACUUUCGUUGUAUUAUUGUACCUUUGCUGAUUUAUUAGAUUUAAAGGAUCAUAUUAUGCAGCUGCUGACAACAAUGGACGCUGCGCAGUUCAAAAUGGAUAUUACCACAGGCUAUGAAUUAACUGCUGGUUACAUGAAUCUGGUGAUAAAUUUGAUAUCGUUAAUGGUGCUUCUAUCCCGAAUAGAAGAUAGAAGAGCUGUUCUUGGAUUAUUUAAUGCUGCUUACGAACUAAGUAAUGGACAAAGUGAACCUACUUUCCCAAGACUAGGACAAAUGAUCAUUGAUUAUGAUAAUGCUUGGAAAAGGCUGGCCGAAGAUUUAGGACCGCUUAACAGGUUAAUUCAUGAUUCGCUAUCUUCACUUGGUACGGUUUAUGUGCGUAGAAAUAUAACUGCAGAUGCAUGGCGUAACGCACAAAUGUUAUCUCUUGUUGCUUCUCCACAACAAAUACUGUAUGCUGCCCAAACAGACACGAUAGCUUGCGAAUACCUGUCAUUAGAUGUUAUGGACCGAUGGAUAAUUAUGGGUGUACUCGCUUGCCACAACAUACUUUUAAAUGAUCCUGUAAUUGCGAACUUGUGGCAACGUGCUUUGCAAACAGGUUUGGCCAUACGACUUUUUAGGGAUGAAAUACUCAUUGUGCAUCAGACAGUGCAAAGUAUUUUUGAAAACAUCAAGGGUUAUGGUAAGAGACUCCAAGAAGUAAAAGAUCAUUAUUCUGUUGCAUUGCAAACAAGUCUUGCGGUCCAUCGUGACCGGCGUCGUUUUCUCCGUGGCACUCUACGAGAACUUUGUUUACUAAUCAAAGAUCAAGUGGGUCUCUUGGGACCUAAAAUCUUGUUUGUUUGGAUGGCUCUUUCAUUUUCAAGAGAUGAAGUGUUGUGGCUUCUACGACAUAUCAGCAUUUGGCCAUUAAGUGGUGGUAAAAAGACGAAGCAUGUCGAUGAAAUAGUGGACAAGCAAUUGCCUGAAUUGCUGUACUACAUGUUGGAGUUGCGUUCAAUGGUUCAGCAACAUGAAGGAGUUAUUAAGCGAUAUUAUUCGCAGUACGUGAGUGGAUAUGACGCACCUGUUUUAACUGAUAUUGUACAGUCCAUUGAACAUUUAGGCGAAAAGGAAUCUGUGUUGUUAUCCGACUUUUGUUCUGAUUUGUCACAUAUAAAACAUAAUAGUGUUGACUUACGGUCAUUGCGUUUGGAUUGGUUUCGUUUUCAAGCAUAUGUUAGCAUGUGUUGUUCAACUUAUUCUUUGGCCAGUGAUCGUCGUUUAGCUGUCACGAUGAAUACCACUAUUUUUCACCUUAAAAUGAUCGAUCUUAUAGAUGAAAUGCUUCGAGAAACAAGCGACUUAUCAAUUUAUUGCUUUUAUGUUCAACAGCUAGAAACUCAGUUACAUCAGUGUCUUCAACUGCCAUCUCAGUCUCGUUAUACUCUUUCCUUUGCCCAUAUAUGCUCACAUUUUCGUUCUGCAUUGCAUGAUCUUUGUCCAGAGGAAAAAGCUUAUAUUAUUGAUCGGAGUCUGAAAUUAUGUAAUGUAGUUCUGGAUGAAUUGGCAAAGGAAAUUGCUUCUAUUGUUUCUCGAUUGUGUGAACACGAAAUGCGAUUAUCCGAACAACUUUCACCCAGCAAUUGUGCAAGACUGAUUGAGGAACAUGAUAAGCAGAAAUGUCAGACUGCAAGUAAAAGUACAAAUAUGACUCGGACUCUGGUUAUGCCUGGAGAAGAAAGCUUUCGAUGCAGUCGAGAUGUACUAACUUUGGCUGAUAAAUUGCAAACUGCACUUCAUGAGCUUUGUUCAGCAGUUACUUCAUCUCGGGAGGUGGUUGUAUCUGAUCAUGUAUUUGCUCCUCGAGAGUAUCUUAUACAAUAUCUGGAGUCACAACUGACAGUGUCGAUACAAGCAUUAAUAUCAUCAUCUGAAUUUCCUAUGAGACCUUGUCAGCUGUUAGCCUCAAUAAACGCUCAUAUGGCUAUCUUGCAACAUUUGGACACUAUAGCAACUUUGGAUGUCACUCGUCUUUUUAACAGCGUACUUUUGCAGCAGACUCAGUCUCAAGAUUGCCAUGGUCAUGACACUUUAACUUCUAUCUACACGAAGUGGUAUCUUGAAGUUCUACUUCGUAGGGUAAGCACUGGACAAAUACUUUUUUCCUCUCACUGCGCCGCAUUGAUUGCAAAUUCUGAUUAUCAGCAAACAUUUAAUCCUGAUCAGUACACAGACAACCGUGGUAAUAUAUCAUAUUCCAGGCUUUUGAUCAGAGAUAUUGCUUGUAAUUUGGAGUAUUACAUUGCUCUUGGAUUUCAAUGGUUUCUUGUAUUUACAGAAUUGAGAGCUCUUUCACAGCUCCUUGGACCAUACGGUGUGAAAAUCAUGAGUGAAAAAUUGAUAUGGCAUAUAGCAAGUCAAAUAACUGAACUGAAUAAAAUUGUUAACGAACAUCGAGAUGCGUUAGUAUUGGCUCGUAGUUGUUUUGAUAAACCAGAGAAAAUAAAGGAGUUGUUGUUGCAAUUAAGUGGUGAAACAAGGGAUAGGAAACAAGUUUUGAUUAGUGGGCCAAUGGAAUCAGUGUUGCAGCGUGUUAUUAUCAUCGGUGAAAUCUUAUCAUUUCGUUCUCUAUUGCAUGCCGCUCUUCAUGAUGUUCUCGAACGCCGACUGCCAUUCCUUUUGUCGAUUGUGAGAGAUUUGCAUGAUACAGCUGACGAACAUAAUUUACUGAUUCUCUCUGAGUUGUGUAUGGCUGUUGGCAUUGAAACAGAUGUGGAUGUAGCAUUAGUAUAUGCAAUUCGAGCUCAAACGAAACAAACAGAACCAGAUGAACAUUAUACUUUAUCUUGUCUUCUGCUUGUGUUCAUAGCAUUUUCACUGCCUAGACUUGCAUUGACGCAAAGUAGUCAAUUUAGUGCUACAUUACAAGUUUCAAAGAACAACUUGCAGUGUAUAGCUUUGGCUGUGUCAGCAGUUGCAAAUGCAUUGUUUUAUUUACACGGACGUAAUGAUAUCGUUGAAAGAAUGAAAGAAUUUCUUGCACUGGCAUCCAAUAGUCUUUUGAGAUUUGUAGAAGAUAACCAUGAGAUCGAUGUUUUGAAGUCACGACAAUAUGUUUAUGUUAUACUUGAUCAGUUAAUCAGGAGCACUCCAUAUUUAUCUUUUGAUCUUCUGGAAUCUUGUUUUCCAUAUAAUCUUAUCCGAUCCUCAUAUCAGUAUUGCUAUCGACUGGAAGAACUGAAAUGGCCAGGAAUUUCAUCAGAAUAUUUUGCAGCUGAUGAUGUAAUGGUAGAUUUAGUUCAUGGUAUAACAGCAAUAAGCACAUUUAGUAAUAUAAUCAUGAAGCCUUAUGGCGAUAGUAUGCAGCUUUUUUAUUAUCUUGGUGUUCUGGAUGACUCAGCGGGCUACGGUUUUGGUUUUUCGGGUGGUAAUUCAACUGAACAGCGUUCGAGUGAAGAACAACUCAUUGAUAUCAUCGAAUAUGCACAGCAUCGCGGAAUUUUGUCGAGUGAUUUGUCAAAGAGCAGGCGUGUUUCUCUGGAUGUGACGAAACAUGGUUUAAAGUUAACGGAUAUAUCUGAUGGAACAGUUUUGGAUCGAAUAGCACUUUUCAAUAUCGUGCAAUGCGUAUCUUAUGAAAAUGGUUUUGGUCAAUUCUGUGUCGGUUUUUUGGUACAGAAACCUUUGAAUAAGAAGAUGAAAUGUCACGUUUUUCAAACUAACGUUUUUUCUGGUGCUGAUGAUGCCUGCAAGCAUAUGGAGCGUGUUUUCAAUGCUGCUGUCAAGUGA